UGCCACGGCAAAACCGAGAGGGGGAAAGGGUGGAGGAGCCCGAGCGGGCCCGGGAUGGAAAAUGAAAGGUGUGACGGGAGAUAAGCGGCGGGGAUGGAGGAGAGCGACAAGAAGAAAGUAUAAAGGGAAAUACAAAUGAGGAGCGAGGAAAAGUUGCCUCCGAGAGCCCGAGCCGGGGCCGCCGCGCCGCCAGACGCUGAAAUAUGAUAAUCAGAACAGCUGCGCCCGCCGUCCGCAGCCAAUGGGCGCCGCGCAGGCGUGACGUCCCCGCUCAUGACGUCAGGCCAAUGGCGAGCGGGCUGAGUUGGAGCAGAGAAGUUUGAGUAAGAGAUAAGGGCGAGGCGAGUGCCCGAGCCGCCAGCGCUCAGUCCGGCACCGCCACUCCGCCGCACCGCUCCGGCAUCGCAUCGCACUGCACCGCUCCCGCUCCGCUUCUGCACCUCUCCCGCACCGCUCCCGCACCGCUCCGCGCGUCCGGACCCCGCCGCGCCCCCGGCGCAGCACCCCGCACCGCGUCUCGCCGUGCGCCCCCUUCUCUCUCCGCAGCCCUGACAGUGUCUCCCACGCCGCGACAGCUCUCAAACCUACUUGGUGUCUUAAAACGAAACCGUACACCAUUUCACUGUGGACAUUACACCCUCUUACAGAUAUGGGAGACAUGGGAGACCCACCAAAAAAAAAGCGCCUGAUUUCCCUAUGUGUUGGUUGCGGCAAUCAAAUUCACGAUCAGUAUAUUCUGAGGGUUUCUCCGGAUUUGGAAUGGCAUGCGGCGUGUUUGAAGUGUGCAGAGUGUAAUCAAUAUUUGGACGAGACCUGUACGUGCUUUGUUAGGGAUGGCAAAACCUACUGUAAAAGAGAUUAUAUCAGGUUAUACGGCAUCAAGUGCGCCAAGUGCAGCAUCGGCUUCAGCAAGAAUGACUUCGUGAUGCGCGCCCGCACCAAGGUGUACCACAUCGAGUGUUUCCGCUGCGUGGCCUGCAGCCGUCAGCUCAUCCCCGGCGAUGAAUUCGCUCUGCGGGAGGACGGCCUCUUCUGCCGGGCGGACCACGACGUGGUGGAGCGGGCCAGCCUGGGCACCGGGGACCCCCUCAGCCCCCUGCAUCCCGCCCGGCCGCUGCAGAUGGCAGAACCUAUCUCUGCCAGACAGCCAGCUCUGCGACCCCACGUCCACAAGCAGCCCGAGAAGACAACCCGAGUCAGGACUGUCCUUAAUGAAAAACAGCUUCACACCUUGAGGACCUGCUAUGCUGCCAACCCCAGACCUGACGCCCUCAUGAAAGAGCAACUGGUAGAAAUGACUGGCCUCAGCCCGAGGGUCAUUAGGGUUUGGUUUCAAAACAAGCGGUGCAAGGACAAAAAAAGGAGCAUUAUGAUGAAGCAACUUCAGCAGCAGCAACCCAAUGACAAAACUAAUAUCCAGGGGAUGACAGGAACUCCGAUGGUGGCUGCUAGUCCUGAGAGACAUGACGGUGGUUUACAGGCGAACCCGGUGGAAGUGCAGAGUUACCAGCCGCCCUGGAAAGUACUGAGUGACUUCGCAUUGCAGAGUGACAUAGACCAACCUGCUUUUCAGCAACUAGUUAAUUUUUCAGAAGGAGGACCCGGUUCCAAUUCUACUGGAAGUGAAGUAGCAUCAAUGUCCUCUCAACUGCCAGAUACGCCCAACAGCAUGGUAGCCAGUCCUAUUGAAGCAUGAAGAACAUUCUUUCAGAUUUCUGUUGUUGUUGUUUCUGCCCUUACCCUCACCCCUGUUGGAGAGAGUGGAAAAGUGAUCGCGUUGGGACUCCGAAAUUUAGAGGGGAAAAGUAUUUAACAACCCUGUAACGAACCUAGCAAGGAGCUGCUCCAUGAAACGAACGGAGUCAUGUUUGAAAACACAAGGUAAUAUGGUAGCAACACUGUGAAGACAAUCAUGGGAUCUUACUAGAAUAAAUACUAAAUGCAAAAACAAACCCCGUGCUAUUCAAUGGUCAGAGGAGGAUUGAAAAGACGUUUUCAAAACGUAAAAGGAUUUGUACUCGUGGAUCUCCAAAAAAAAAAAAAAAAAAAAAAGGUGAAAAUAAAUCUUUUCCGUUUGACUGCACAUCUUAGGGAGAAACCAAGGUAGAGGGACUUUCUAUUCAGUCCCUCCCAAUUCGCAUGGUGCUGUUUCUAUAUUGGUGAUUGCCUUGCCAUAAAGUGCUCCAGUAGGUUUCCAUCGUCAGGAAAGAGACGAUUUAGCCUUGCGUUGUUGAAAGAUUCAUUGCAGGAAGGUGGAGCUACGUUGGUUUGCAAUGUUGUUUUUAGUUGACUCUUUACAAGGUGUUGUUUCUUGGGUCUCUUCUAGCAUGUACUGUAGCGGGGUUUUGGUUUUGUUUGGUUGAGAUCCACUCUCUAUCAAGUCUGAAGGGAUUAAAAGUAGGUUUUUGAAUUCCUCUUUAAAAACCAAUUUAUAAAAGCGUUGCAACAAGGUAUACCUCUAUUUUGCCACAAAGCGUCUGGGGAUCGUAUUUGAAAUGUGUCCGUCCAAGAACCUUCCCCUCCCCCAAAGAUGUGUAUCGUCUUUGGUUAAAACGUCUGUUUUUCUCUCUUUGUCUUUCCCUUUCUCUUUGUCUAUCCUUUUCUCUCUCUCUUUCUCUAUCUCUUUCUCUGUCUCUAAAGAGAAAAAAAAAAAAAAAAAGGAAAAGGAAAAAUAAAAAAAAAAAACUUUUUUGUUUGCUCUUGCAUUGCAAACUUAUAAAGUAAUUUAUUAUUUAUUAUCGGAAGACUUGCCACUUUUCAUGUCAUUUGACUAUUUUUUGUUUGCUGAAGUAAAAAAAAAAAAAAAAAAAGAAAAAAAAAAAGGUUGUACCGUGGUCUUUGAAUUAUAUGUCUAAUUCUAUGUGGUUUUGUCUUUUUUUUUUUCCUUAAAUAUUAUGUGAAAUAAAGCGCCAUAUGUAGAAUUAUUAUAUCUUCAGGACUAUUUCACUAAAUAAGCGUUUGGAAUAGAAAAAAUGAUAAUAAUAUUAAUAUUAAAUAAUGAACAAAGUUCCCUCUUUUAAAUAUUUACAAGUUAGCAGCAAAAAUACCUGAAAUAAAAUAUUGCAUGCAAAGCAGGUCGUUAGUGAAUAAAAGGAGUGUGAUAUUUUAUUGCAAGUAUUAACGAUCAGCUUGUAAAUUUCCGUUUCAACAACUAUAUCAGGGCUAGUUGGAUGCCUUAGCUUUCAAUCGAUAACGUUAGAAACUCUCUUGUUCCACCCCCAUCCCUUGCCCUUAAAAGUGAUAUUACUCUAGGCAUGAUCUGACAUAACGUUAAGACACCUAAAGAACUGGGAGCUCAGGCUUUUUGCUGAGUUCUAUUAUUUUUAAAAAAUAAUAAAAAGAAAGUGCUGUAUACCAAAGCCUCGUUGUUGAGAUUGUUGAAGUGACCUGUACUUUAAGUGUAAGCUCCUGAUAAAAGGGACGCUUUUUUGCUUAACAAGUCAAGUAUGACCAUUAUUUAUCAGUGUCUGCUGUCAAAACUAUUGAAAAAUGCUGCAGGAGGCAUACAUUUUGGGGAUAUUGCUGUGAAAUUGCACGAAUCGUGUUCCUUAUUUUCUGUCGACUUCCUUCUCUUCACUCCCUCUUUUCUUCCUUUUUUUUUUUUUUCCUUUUUAAUAGUGGGAGAGAGGGUGAUGAAAGCUAGAAACGUGGGGAUUUCUUGGGGAAAAGUAGAAAAAAGAAGAAGAAAGAAAAAAACCCCAACACACUCACACACAAACAUAGAAAGGGUUGGUUUUGCCCCACUCUAAGUGCUCUCUACUACUCCCGGCCAGCACAAAGACGAAGGCUCGCUUUAAAAAACCCUUAACAACUGGAAUAUACAGAAAGUUUAGUCUGACAAAGACAAGUUGGUUUGCAUGACCGUUACUUCAAACUCCAAUAUUUUCUUAACAUAACCUUCUUUUUCUUCCCUCCUCACCAUCUCAGCCCACCCUGAGCAAGCUCAGCUAUAGAGACAAACCAUUUCGACAGAAAAAAAAAUAAUAACAAUAAAAAGGUAUAAAGUCUAAUACAAGGAUUUAAAUCAUCCUGAUUAGAAACUGGAUUCAUUUUGUAUGCUCAAGUGUAAUACAUUUUUGAGUACUUGAUAAAUAUUUAAAUAAAUAUGAAAUCUACCUUAAA